AGGCAUGGGUUCUCGCCGGGUGAAAUGUCAAUGAUUAAUAAAUUUUCUACAUGUGAUAAGGUUCGAAAGAAAAUUUUCGUAGGCUUUCUCGCGUUUCGGGAGAAGCACGCCAUUGGUCAACAAGGUGAUAAGAUAACGGACAGACUUUAUAAACGGAGUGUCAAGAGGAAAUAAACUUAGGAGCUCGGCUACACUUCUAUCUGGCAGAAUGUGUCGACUCCGGGAAAUCCUGAAGUUCAUCAUCCUGACAUUGUUCAUCUCGGCGGUGACUUCAAAAGCCAGCAACAAUGAUCCCAGAAAUGUUGAAAAUUUUUGGGAAAAUCAGGCACCGGGAUAUCAAUCAUCGAUCGAAGACGACGAAUAUCGUUUGCCGAAGUCAAUCGAGCCUCGAUCAUAUGACAUUCUCAUAUCAACAAAUCCAAGUGACAAGAACUUCACGGGAAGCGUCACCAUCACAGCUGACGUCAUCGAGAGCACAAAAAAUUUGGUUUUCCACGUCGGUGGAUCGCUAAAUACCGACAAGUUUCUGGUAAAAUCUGGAGAGGAGGUUCUGAAGAUCGAAUCCACGGCUUAUCACGAGUUCACGGAUAAGCAGACAAUCAAUCUGCAGAAUUCAGUGUCGAAGGGAACUCGCAUCGCAAUCAGCACAUCUUUUAAGGGGGUCCUUAACGAUCAGAUGGUGGGCUUCUACAGAAGUUCGUACUUUGAAGCCAGCGGAAAAAGGAAAUAUUUAGCCGCGACACAAUUCCAAGGGACAUACGCCAGGCAUGUUUUUCCAUGUUUCGAUGAGCCAGCCUUCAAGGCGACUUUCAACAUCAUCGUCAUCAGGCCGGAGAAGUACAAGACCAUCGGCAACAUGCGACUAGCCGAGACAAAGAAGCUCCCUAAUGGUCUGUACCAAGACACUUUCCAAAAAACAGUUCCCAUGUCGACGUACCUCGUCGCCUUUGUCAUCUCGGAGCUGCGAUCUAUCAGCAACAAUGCAGUCGAAGACGAAGUUCGAAUCUGGGCCAGACCGGAAGCAAUCGCCCAGGCCGAGUUUGCCUUAGAAGUAGCACCGAAAGUAAUUCAACAAUUAUCCAGGACGUUCGGUAACGACGGGAAGCUUGGAAAAACGGAUUUGGUGGCGGUGCCAGACUUUAGUGCUGGUGCCAUGGAGAAUUGGGGUCUCUUGACGUUUCGCGAGAUCUAUUUGCUGUACGACAGCAAAAGCACAUCGGCAAAGGAUCAGCAGAAGGUGGCUAGGAUAAUUUCUCACGAGUGCACGCACUUGUGGUUUGGGAAUCUAGUCACUCCGGCAUGGUGGGACUUCUUUUGGCUGAGCGAAGCUUUCGCCAGGUACUUCGAGUACGUCGUAACGAACCAGAUCGAGCCAAAAUGGAAGCUGGAUCAGCAAUUCCUGGUAGAUCUACAUCACGUCGCUUUCGCUGAUGAUGCCCUGGAGACGUCGACCCCGAUGUCGAAGAGGACUUCUACUCAACUGGACAUAGCUUCUAUGUCGAACACCAUAAACUAUGAGAAGGGGAGCAGCGUCCUCCGCAUGGUGCAGCUAUUCCUGGGGAAUUCGUUCAACGAUGCUCUUCGGGACUAUCUGAGGUCCAAGCGAUACGACAACGCGAAACCGGAAGACCUCUGGAAGUCGAUUCAACGACAGGUGGACUUGUCCGAAAUAAAAAUCCCAACGACAAUUGAAAAUAUAAUGAACACUUGGACUACCCAAGCCGGAUACCCCGUGGUCUCUGUUUCCAUAAAAAAUGGCAAAGCGGAGUUUCGCCAAGAACGAUUUUUGCUAAGAAAUCUGCAAGAAACUCCGAUUAACGACACUUGGUGGGUUCCGAUAACUUGGACUACCCAAAAAGAGGUGAAUUUUGAAAAUACCGAACCAAAAUUCUGGCUUGGCGAGAGAAGUGGAAACGUUAAAGUGAAUCUUGCAGAGAAGGAUUGGAUAGUCUUCAAUGUAUUGGAAUCAGGAUACUAUCGCGUGAAUUAUGACAAUGCUACUUGGCAGAAAAUAAUCGAUACUUUGAACAGCGAUCAGUUUGAUCGAAUUGAUCCGAUCAAUCGAGCGGCUAUCAUCGACGAUCUGUUUAAUCUGGCCAGAGCAAAUCUUGUCGAUUAUCGAACUGCUUUUAAUGGCCUCCAAUAUAUUCGUAACGAGAUGAAUUAUAUUCCAUUUAAGGCGGCUCUUACGGCCCUCGAAUUUCUCCGACAACGAUUCGAUGGCCAAUCUGAGUACAAUGAGUUCAGGAAAAUUGUCUUGGUGAUGAUUGAAAAAACCUACAACAAAUUAGGCUUCGAGGAUCGCAAGCAGGAUGAUUGGUUAACAAUUUUCUUGAGAAGAGAAUUGAACGAGUGGGCGUGUAAACUAGACCACGAAGAAUGCAUUUCGAGAUCUCUGGAAUAUUUUGAGAAAUUCAAAAAGGGCAAAACGAACCCAAUCUCUCCAAAUCAGAGAGAGAUUGUUUAUAAAACGGCGAUACGGCUCGGAAAAUCGGAAGACUGGGAAUUUUUAUGGAAAAAAUAUUUACAAGCCGAUUCGGCUGCGGAAAAAAUUUCCAUUUUGAAUUCCCUUGGAUGUAGUACGAAUCAGACAAUAAUAAAUAAGUUUCUCAAAUACGUACUUUCCGAUUUUGAAGAAAAUCGCAUUCGGAAUCAAGACAAAUUUUCAUCGUUUAUGUCUGUUGUUAAAUGCGGAAUACGAGGGGCGGAAUUUGUUCUUCAGUUUGUAGAUCAACAUUAUGAAAAAAUGGUGGCCACUUUCGGGGACACUAGAAUGGCCGAUCUUUUGUCGAAAACGUCGCAAAGUUUCUCGACGGAAGAGUUAAUUAACAAAUACGAAGAAUUAAUAGGAUCUCGAUUUGAAAAUUUCGUCCCAGUGAACACAACGCUAAAACAAUCUCUCGAAAUCGCGAAAUAUGAUUUUCAGUGGUACAAGAAGAAUUCGGCAACAAUUAAUAAGUGGAUCAAGGAGUUCUAUAACAAUGACCCCACAUUCACCACGGAAUAUCGUCUUCCCCUCGACAUCAUCCCCAAGAAAUACCACAUAGAAGUGACUCCAUACUUCGUGGUCGGCAACUUCACUUUCGACGGAUUCGUCAGAAUAAACGCCGAAGUGCAGCGAGCAACAAAGACGAUAACACUUCAUGCAAACGCUAUCAAUUAUUCCAAAGUCAGCGUGAUCGUUGAUAAGGCCCCUAGGCCGAUUAAAAAUAUUAAGAAGCAACCGAAAUACCACUUCUGGGUGAUAGAAUUAGAGAGCGAACUCCCAAGAGGAACCUCAUUGCUGAUCGAGAUCACUUACAACGGUGUCCUGAACACGGAGAUGAACGGCUUUUACAGAAGCUCCUACACGAACAAAAAAGGCAGAAAAGUGUGGCUGGCAAGUACUCACCUAGAGCCAUGUUCAGGAAGAAAGUUGUUCCCAAGUUUCGACGAGCCAGCAUUAAAGGCGAUUUUCAUAAUCAGCGUGAACAGACCAGCAAACUACGUGGCGAUCAGCAACAUGCCUUUGGACAUGUCCAAGAAAUCCGGAGACAGGAUCAAAGACACCUUCAAGGAGACUCCAUUGAUGUCGACCUACCUGGUCGCUAUCCACGUUUCAGACUUCAAAUCUCAGUCCGACAACACAUCGGACACGCUUCUAAGGGUCUGGGCCAGACCCAACGCCAUCGAUCAGGCUGAUUUCUCCCUGGACGCCAUGAAAAGACUACUGACCAGGUUCGAAGAGGACUUCCAGCAGAAGUACCAUCUGCCGAAGCUGGACAUGGCUGCCCUGCCGGACUUUGCGUCCGGCGCCAUGGAGAACUGGGGUCUUCUGACUUUCAAGGAGGUCUUCAUGUUGGUGGACCAGAAAGACACUUCCAUAUCGACGAGACAAGCAGCCUUCAACGUCAUCAGUCAUGAGAUUUCCCAUCAGUGGUUCGGCAACCUCGUCAGUCCACUUUGGUGGAAGUUCCUGUGGUUGAAUGAGGGAUUCGCGAGGUACUUCCAGUACUUCGAAUCCGCCAAGCUGGAGCCAUCCUGGAAUCUGGAGAAUCAGUUCGUGGUGGACCAUCUUCAGGUGUCCUUUGGGGUGGAUGGAGUCACUUCUACUCAUCCCAUGAGCAACGAUGUCUACAGCCCAACCCAAAUCAGAGACAUGUUCGAUGGCAUUUCCUACGCAAAGGCAGCUAGUAUUAUUCGAAUGGUGCAGAAGGUGUUUGGUCCCACCAUCUUCGACAGGGCGCUGCAGAAUUACCUGAAGACCAAGAAAUAUGAUGUGGCCAAGCCGGAGGACCUCUACAAGGCUUUCCAGGACCAAGUAAAUGCCGCGAAAUACCCUUUGCCGACCACGGUUAACAAAUUUCUUGACUCUUGGACCACCCAGUCUGGGUUCCCUGUCCUGAAUGUCACCAUCAGCGACGGAGUGGCGUCCCUUUCUCAAGAACGAUUUCUUCUGAGAGGAAAAGCCUCCAGCAAGAACACUUGGUGGGUUCCCGUCACUUGGGCGUCGAAGAACAAUCCGUCUUUUAACAACACCACCCCACAAUUUUGGCUGAACACAUUGACAGGCUCUGUCAACAUAAGUGCUGGUGGAGACGAGUGGGUGAUCUUCAACGUCCAAGAAUCCGGGUAUUAUCGAGUUAACUAUGACCCUGAGUCAUGGUACAAGAUCAUCGACGCCCUGGCGAUGAUGGACGACAUCCACGAGGUGAAUCGGGCAUCUAUCAUCGAUGAUCUGCUGAAUUUAGGCAGAACUGGAUAUGUAGAUUUCGGAAUAGUGUUUUCUGCAACUCGGUACUUGUCAAGGGAGAGCAAUUAUGUUCCCUGGAGAGCAGCUUUCAAUGGGUUUAAUCACUUGAACAAGAGAUUAGCUGGGACCGAGACAUACAAAUCGUUCAAAGAACAUCUCCUGACUUUGAUAGAGCCUGUCUACAAAAGUCUUGGGUUCUACGAUGUUGAUGGGGAAGAUUAUCAGGACACAUUGUUGAGGAGACAUGUGCUUCUUUGGGCAUGUGAUUAUGGACAUUCGGACUGUCGUUUAGAAUCGCAGAAAGCGUUUUCGAAAUGGAGACAGAAUCCAAAAGAGAGAGUACCUGUAAACCAGAGAUCUGCGGUUUACUGUUCCGCCAUUAGACAUGGAUCUUCCAGUGAUUGGGAAUUUUUGUGGAAAAGAUAUUUGGAAGCUAAUGUUGUUUCCGAAAAAUUAGUAAUAUUGGAAGCUUUGGGUUGUACUAAAAAUACGACAAUACUGCAGAAGUACUUGCGCAGUGCAAUUACUUUCGAUUCUGAGAUUCGUUUGCAAGAUAGUCAGAAAGUCUUUUCCUCGGUUUAUGACUCGAGCUUGAUAGGUGCAAGCUUCUCCCUUGACUUCCUUCAGAAGUACUACAAAGACAUGUACAAGUACUACGGAGGUUACAAAGAAAUUAAAAGUAUCCUAAAGGGUAUUUCUUCGCGGUUAUCUACUAAGGAACUAUUAGCCAAGUUCGAAGCUUUCUCGAAAGCUCAUCAGAGCGGCACUCCACUUUCCGAGAUCGCAAGUAACAUAAACUCGUACUUGACUCGAGCACAAUCAGAAAUAACAUGGUUCGAGACAUACUCCCCAAGAAUUUACGAAUGGCUGGACAAGACAUACCCAAGUACAUCUUAUCGAUUGCCAACAGUAAUCAUACCGACUCAUUACGACAUAUACCUAAACCCAAAAUUGCAAGAAGCGAAAUUCUCUGGCCUAGUGAAAAUAUCCGCGAAGGUCCUUCAAAAGACUGUAAGAAUUGUCCUGCAUGCAAGCAACAUCGAUAUAAAGGACGUCCAGGUGCACAAAAGUGCCGAAACUAAGAACAAUGUAUUGUCAUACAACGUCGACUCGGAGACGAACAAAUUGUCUAUUUACCUCUCUUCGAUUGUGCCAGCUGGUACCAAAUUAGAAAUUAAUAUUAAGUACUCUGGGAUCCUUGUGGACGAUUUUCAAGGAUUUUAUCUCAGCUCCUACGUGGAUGACGAUGGGGAGACUCACUGGAUCGGUGCUACCCAUUUCCAACCGAUAUACGCCAGGAAAGUUUUCCCUUGUUUCGACGAGCCCCAAUUCAAAGCCAAGUUUACAAUUCAUAUCAGAAGAGAGCCGAAGUACAAAGUGAUAAGCAACAUGCCGCUCAACAACUCCCAACCGAUUGGAGACCUGAUAAGAGACAACUUCCAAGAGACUCCGCUGAUGUCCACCUAUCUGAUAGCGUUUGUAGUCUCAGACUUUGGAGAAAACACCAACAAGUACAAUAAUUUAACCAUCUGGGGACGAAGUGACCUAAUUGAAUACACGGAUUACUCUCUGUCUGUCGGAGAGAAGUCCAUAAAAUUCCUGGAGGAUUUCACUGGAGUGCCCUAUGACCUCCCUAAAAUGGAUUUCGCGGCGAUAGCAGAUUUCGGUCGGGCCGCCAUGGAAAAUUGGGGCCUAGUAACAUUUGGGGAGUUGGCAUUGAUCUUGAACGACAAGUACACAUCAGCCUUCAGAAGAAGAUCAUCGGGUACUCUCAUUUCCCAUGAGCUGGUUCACACCUGGUUUGGGAACCUGGUCACCUGUCAAUGGUGGGACUACAUCUGGUUGAACGAGGGAUUUGCGGAAUACUUCCAGUGGGUUACAUUGAAUUCGGUGCAGCCCGACUGGCAGCUUCUUGAUCAGUUUGUGGUCUACGAUCUGCAAACCGCGUUGGAGUUCGACGUCCCUCCACAGACUGAUCCGAUGACCACCAGCGGCUCCACGCCUUCUCACGUUAAGGAGAAAUUUAGUACAGUGGCUUAUGAGAAAUCCGCCAGCGUCCUCCGGAUGAUGCACCACAGUUUCGGGAGCACUGUCUUCGCAAACGCCUUGCACGAUUACCUGAUAACACAUCGAUACAACAACACUACACCUGAUGAUCUCUCAUUGGCCCUGCAGAUUCAGGUAGACAAGGCGAAAACCAGCUGGAAUUUGAAGGUACCCGUAAAAACGAUCAUGGACAGCUGGACACAACAAGAAGGAUACCCGGUAAUCAACGCAACAUUGAAUGGGGGAAGAUUAUCGCUCACCCAGGAACGGUUUCUGUACUUUGGGAACUCGUCCCUAGCCAACGCCACUUUCUGGGUCCCUAUCACCAUCGCCGACAGCAAAUCUAGGGACUUCCACGAGACGUCCCCUAGUUUCUGGUUCGGGGAAAGGUUCACCAGCACCAAACUAGCGAUCCCGGAUGACUGGUUCAUCUUAAACGUCCAGGAAGUUGGGUACUACCGAGUCAACUAUGACAACAGGACCUGGUGGCGUUUGUUGUCUGUGCUGAAGAGCGACUUCGCGGUCAUCCACGAAGUAAACCGAGCUCAGAUCAUCGACGAUCUGCUCAAUUUGGCUAGGGCAGACUAUGUAAAGUAUAAUUUGGCUCUGGAGGGUACUAAUUACCUGAAGAGCGAGUUUAGUCACUUCCCGUGGAAGGCGUUCUUCAACAACUUCAAGUUCCUCCAUCAGCGGUUCCGAGGACGUGAUCGGGAAGAGCUUCUCGCGAAGCACGUCUUGGCUUUGGUUGAUGAGCCUUUCAGGAAACUUGGAUUUGAGGAUGAGGAUGGAGAUAGACAUGUCGACAUGUUGAAUAGACUGUUGAUAGCUACCUGGGCUUGCAAAUAUGGGCACGAGGAGUGCGUUCGCCGAUCCCUGGAUGUGUUCGCGGCUUUCCGCAAGGACACCUCGAAGAUGAUUUCACCGAAUGUGAGGGAAGUCGUGUAUUGCACGGCCAUAAAGCAUGGAACAACCGAGGAUUGGGACUUCCUUUGGGAUCAGUACAAGAAAUCGAAAUUCGUCGCCCAUCAAUCCGACAUUUUAGAUGGUCUGGGAUGUUCGCAGAAUAGGAGCAUUCUUUUCGAGUACUUGAAGAAAUCGGUGUCUUCAGACAAAGCCAUCCGAAGAUUGGAUGUCUCGAAAGUAUUCUCUGCUGUCUUCAGCUCUGGGGAAGUGGGUACCAACGCGGUUUUGGAUUUCUUGAUUCAUCGGUACCAGGACUUGCGCCAGUAUUUCAACAAUUGGGACGAGGUUGGGGAAUUGUUCGUCUUACUUAGUGAAUACCUAUCGACUUCCGAACAGUAUAAUAAGCUGCAGACCUUUGCAGAAUUAACCGGCGACAACUUACCAGACAUGGCACCCGUGUUGGAUGUCGUCAGAGAAAAGGCCAAGGAGAACUUGAACUGGUUCAGAAUUUAUUCUGCGGACAUCAUCUCGUGGUUGGAAACAACAUACAAAGAGGUGUCUCCCACGGACACCAGUGCUGAUCUUCAUGGUCACUCCACAGGGAAGGAAACGCGACGAGGCUGAUAGGCGACGCAAAGUGGACCGACUCUACCCAAGACCCAACGAUUUCUCAAGUGGACGAUUUCUCCGCCCGAGGAAAUUCUCGACCCGUGGCUGAUAACGCUGAUUACGCCGUGUUCCUCUGCAGCCAGUCCCGGAUCGUCACAUGGUUCCUCUCCAGCCACCGGAUGUUGGCCUCCGCUUGUUCUAUGGCUUGUUGUACGGUUCGCGACGCCGACGCCAGCUCGUCCUUGUGCUCGGUGGCGAAUUCCAGCAACUGCGGAGCCAAAAGUGUAUGUCAAAGCUGUUGUUGAGCCGUCUCUGAACUUUUAUGUCUAUGUAAGUGUCGUCUUCCAUGUCAGUACCACUGCCCAAUAAACAUGAAAUCCUGCAAA